AUUUACGGCAGGACCCACUGCGUGCGGCGCUUCUGUAGUCUCUUUGCGCCACAAAUUCAUACGUUCUUUCUUUCGUUUUACUAGUUAAACUUUUUUUAAAUGAAAGCUGCAAAAUGUCAACUCUCGUACUAGAUAAUGGGGCAUACUCGGCCAAAAUCGGAUACAGUCACGAAAAAGUCAGUGUUAUCCCGAAUUGCCAGUUUCGUUCCAAGACCUCGCGUUUGAAGACCUUUACUGCCAACCAAUUAGAUGAAAUUAAGGACCCAUCAGGACUGUUCUACAUACUCCCCUUUCAGAAGGGUUACCUGGUAAACUGGGAUGUGCAGAGAAAGGUUUGGGAUCACCUGUUUGGCAAGGAAAUGUUCAAGGUGGAUUUUGCCGAUACAAGUAUAGUGAUCACUGAACCCUUCUUCAACUUCGCCUCCAUCCAAGAGUCUAUGAAUGAGAUCUUAUUUGAAGAGUACCAGUUCCAAUCUGCUAUACGAAUAAAUGCUGGAUCCCUAAGUGCACAUAAAUACUUUGAUGAGCACAGCUCUCAGUUAUGCUGCAUCGUGGUGGACAGUGGCUUUUCCUUCACUCACAUUGUCCCCUACUGCAGAGGCAAGAAAAUGAAGGAUGCAAUCUGCAGGAUUAACGUUGGAGGAAAGUUAUUGACGAAUCACUUAAAAGAGAUCAUCUCAUACCGACAGCUACAUGUCAUGGAUGAGACAUAUGUGAUCAACCAAGUCAAAGAAGAUGUCUGCUAUGUUUCUCAAGACUUCUACAAGGAUAUGGAGACAGCACAGCUAAAAGGAGAAGACAACAUGGUGAUGAGGGACUACGUAUUGCCAGAUUUCAGUUCCAUAAAGAAAGGCUUCUGCAAGCCACGAGAGGAGAUGAAUUUCACUGGGAAGUACAAGACUAGCGAACAGAUCCUGCGACUCACCAAUGAGAGAUUUGCUGUUCCCGAGAUGCUUUUCCAUCCAUCUGACAUUGGCAUUCAGGAGAUGGGAAUUCCAGAGGCUCUUGUCAACGCUAUCAACAAGAUGCCGGAAGAGAUGCAUCCUCACUUCUACAAGAACAUAGUUCUGACAGGUGGAAACACACUAUUUCCUGGCUUUAGAGACCGUGUUUACAAAGAGGUCCGCGCGCUGGCCCCAACUGAGUUUGAGGUGUCAGUUUUGCAGCCGCAGAAUCCAAUUUGCUAUCCAUGGGAAGGAGGGAAGCUACUAGCUGAAAAUGAAGACUUUGAGGAUAUGGUAGUCACUCGGGACGAAUAUGAUGAGAAUGGACAUUACAUAUGCGAAGAAAAGUUUGACAUUUAGAUAGGAUGAUGUGUAACAAACUACAAUUGUUUCGUUCAGAUUGUAUAUAUUGUGAAUAUCUUUUUUUAUAUUAAAAACAAGUAAUUUCAA